AUGAUUCCCGGCCGGAUUUGUAGACAACUGCCGAGCAUACUCGAUGAGAGAGUAAACUCUAGGCUGGCUAGUCUACCACAAACUAUCGGUGUAACACAAAUACUCAACUUGUUCGGGGAAGCAUUAUUGGGAAUUGGAGGGGAGACACCCAGUGCGCAGUAUUGUGAAACCUACUGCCGUGCGAACGCGUCUAUCGCAGCAUCGCAACCCCCAGCUUCUGAAACUUCUGCAGCUUUACCUUCCGCUCCACCAGCAUCGGCUCCAGUUGACGUCAGUUCAGGACAAGCGUCAGAAGUCGCCAAGGCACCCUACAAACAACGACACGCCGCUGGAAGAGGAACUCCAUUGCAUUUCUUGAAAAACAAUAAGGCAUGCGCUACAACUUUGCGCACGAGCACUCACUCAGCUCGUCCCGUUGUUCACGCUGCGCCCUCACGCCGUAAGAUGCCAUUCCGUCGUGGAGGAGAGCAAGAACCGGCGCCUAGCGCUCCAUCGGAGCCAUCUCCCUCAGAUCUGUGCGCUAAAUGUCCAGGUGCUACUGGUGGUGCAGAAGGUUCUAUGCAACAAUUUUUGAGGCUGCUUGGUAACCAACUUGAUAAGAGUAAGGUAGACGAUCUCUAUCUUUCACUACAACUGCUGAACACUCAAGCAAGUUCAAACGAUUUCACAAUUGAUCUCAAUGGCGAAUUUAGCCCAAAUGCGCAAGGAGGAACACCAUUUGGAGCUUUUCCAAUCUCGUUCCCCUCGCCUUAUGACAAUAAAAUGGCUGAAAUUAUUCUUUCUGACUAUACAAUUAACACGCUUCUAUAUUGGCUGCACAAGUGA